AUGGAAAUUACUGAAGUAUUGCCAAUAAAAUCUUUAGAAGAAGCAUUAUCAUGGAAGCCAUUGUCUGACUCUCUUCCUGUUAUACAUUUGAAGGAUCGUGCUAAUUAUUCUAUUAAUGGCAGAGAUUAUAAAUGUCAUGAACGUUUCUUAACAUCAAAAAGGUUGCAUAAUCAAGGCCUUCCAAAAACACUCAUAUGUCAUGACAUGCAAGGGGGUUAUUUAAAUGAUAGAUUUGUAAAUGGAACAAAAUCUAGUAAUGAGUAUACAUUUUAUAAUUGGUCUGUAAUAGAUACAUUUGUUUAUUUUAGCCAUAAUUUUAUUACUAUACCACCAAUUGGUUGGAUAAAUGCAGCCCAUAAACACGGUGUUAAAGUUCUUGGAACAUUAAUUACAGAAUGGACUGAUGGAAACACUCUAUGGUUACAAGUAUUUAGUAAUUUAGAAAAACGAGACAACUUAGUUGAUAAGUUAGUGGAAAUAUGUAAAUAUUAUAAAUUUGAUGGUUAUCUUUUUAAUGUUGAAAAUGAAUUAGAAUUGGAAAACAUUGAGAAUAUGAUAGAAACAGUAAGCUUAUUAAGAACUAAACUGAAGACUGCAAUAACACAUUCUGAAGUUAUUUGGUAUGAUUCUGUAAGUAUGGAAACCGGAAAACUUAUUUGGCAAAAUCAACUGAAUAAUCAUAACAAAUUAGCAUUUCAAGCCUGUGAUGGUAUAUUUCUCAACUAUAAUUGGAAAGAAGAAGAUCUUGCAAAAUCUGUUGCUAAUGCUGGAAAUAGAGUUAUAGAUGUGUAUGUUGGAGUAGAUGUUUUUGGUAGGAAUUGCGUUGGAGGCCUCGAUUCUUACAAAUCAUUAGAAAUAAUUAGAAAAUAUGACUUAUCUGUUGCAAUUUUUGCUCCUGGUUGGACCUAUGAGACAUUAAGUGAUAAGAAUAAAUUCAAUGCAGUGGAAGAUACAUUUUGGCGAAAACUUUACCCAUUUUUGUAUAUUCACAUUCCUUGUACUUUACCAUUUACUACAUACUUCUGUCGAGGUUAUGGAUCAAAGAAAAUUGAAAACUUUGUUUUGUCUUCUUUGGAUGCCUGGUAUGAUUUAUCAAAACUAAAUUAUCAACCAUCUGUUCCAUUAUGUUUACAAGAUGGUAACUUUCCUUGUAAUUCUUAUGUUGACGGUGAAGCAGUUAUAGGCGGCGGUUGCUUAAGACUAAAUGGUAACAAUGAAAACACUUCUUACCAUAGGAUAUUUGUUUGUCAUUUUGAAGUUAAAUCAACAUUAUAUUUUGAAAUAACUGUUAAAGCAUUAAAGCCCUAUGACUCCCACAAAAUAUUUUUGGGUGCAUUAGAUCCAUAUGGAAUGCCAUAUAAAAUGGAGUUUGGCAUUCAGGGGGACAAUAAUGUGUUUUUCAAUAAUUGCGAUGACUACAGCUGUAUUAUUCCUGACUCCAAAAUAUAUAACUUGACGUUAGAAAACGGUUGGUUAUUGCAUAAAUUAAAGUGUGAAAUGGUUGGGAUAAUAGUAGAAGUUGCUAUUGAAACUGAAGAACCCUUACUGAUUGGACAUCUGUUUAUAAAUGAUGGCAGUAGUUCAUAA